AUGUUUAAAGAACAAAUGUCGAAAAAAGAAUUAGAAACAAAAGCAAAGGAGGAAAAAAAGAAGAAAAAGGAAGAAACUAAACUACAAAAGGAAAAGGAAAAGAUAGAGAAAACAAAAAGGAAUGUAAACAAAAACUCUCAAGCUGUUUCAACAAAUGCGUGCAAGGUAUGCUGUAAGUCGACUAAGACAUCAAAUCGGGUGGUAUGUGAUAUGUGUUCGGCGAUAUUCCACUUAAAAUGUAUACCAGCUAAGCAUCAACAGCAUGUCCCCGAAGAUUUAAGAAUUGAUCUUUUUAUAUGCCAUGUUUGCUAUAAAGAAGAUAAUAAUGACGACACUCUUGAUCUAAGCUCUGAAAGGAAUAGCGAAGAUAGUGGUGAUGAUACACAAAAAUUAUAUGAUAUGAUUGUCGAACAUAAGAAUUUUUUUUUAUUAAGUCUGCUUGAGAAGGCAUUGUUUUAUUUUGAAGUAAUUUUUAUAAUUUCAUUUUAUUUUAUGUUUAAAGCUUUAAAUACACAUAUAGAAGUAUACCUAAGAGUUGGUAAGACUGAAUAA